AUGAAAGAAAUGCUAUUGCCAUCAACGACCGACGACGCCAUCUUCGAUAACAUCGGCCCAGGCGACCUCGUACGCUACUCGCGCACCUGCAAAGCUGCCCGCGAAGCCGUAUCUUCAUAUAACCGCCGUGCCUUCAACCUCGAGCGCGUGCUGUCGCGCUACUUCACCCCCACCCAGAUCACCAAACUCCGCGAGCUGCAGUUCGAAACCGGAGCCCUCAUUUCUGGUUCGACGGCCCUUCAGCUCCUUGAUCGAUCGCACUACGAGAAUUCGGAUCUCGACCUGUACGUUACGCACCACAGCUGCAAGCCAAUUGGUCUCUGGUUGCAGAGCAUUGGGUAUCAGUACGAGCCGAAGAGUACAGGCCGGGCACCGCUCGCUUUGCGGAAGUUGGAGACAGCGUUGGAGUAUGUGGACCCUCUGGAACGCCUGAAGGAACAUCUACUUGAAGGCAGGAAGGACCACUCCUUUCUGGAUCGAUCGGCCUCGGGAUACCUUCGCGUUCUGAAUAUAUACGACUUCAAGAAACCGAAUGACAACAACGUCAAGAUUCAGCUGAUGACCACCUGGCAUACACCGUUGGAAUGCGUACUCAAUUUCCAUUCGACGUGUGUUAUGAAUUUUAUCACCUACGACAAAGCCUUCUCCCUUUACCCGCAGGGAACAUUUAACGAACGCCGCUCACUUGCCUACCUUCCCACCAUUCAGGGUCGAAAGGAAGUGUACGAGAAGUACACCGACCGCGGAUGGAAGAUCGUUAAGAAUGGGUGGUGGCGCGAGUGUGAUGACCCUAACUCAGCAUUCGCGAUUGGUCUUCGGCGCGUCGGUGACGCGCACUGCUGGACGGUGCCCCUAUCACCAAAACUAGACCUCCCGGAGAGCACGAUGGAGGGAAAUACAUGGUGUCUUGAUGGCAACAUAGAGACUGAAACUCCAGAAAUGGUAUUCAGGUUCUUCAAGUCGCCGAUCCUGAGCACGAGGUACUUGGUGGGAACACGAGAGCUAGAAGAAGGCAUAUCAUCCUGCUUUCCGGAGAGGACAUCUGGACUGAAAUGGGACAAGUAUUUCAAGGAACUUAUCGAAUCAUUCCCACUUUAG